GACCGUGAAGCCUAUAAAAGUGAUAUUUCUGAUUCAACAAAAUAGAGCAACUGAUUCGUGGCAAAAUGUUAAAGACGUAGGCUUUAUAAAGUUUUGUAUAAAAGGAGAAAAAAUUCAGUUAAUUUCUUAAGUUGGAAUCAACAAGUUCUUACAGCAAAAUGCAGUUAAUCAUUAAAGUGCUUUCUGUAGUAGCUGGUGCUAGCCUAUUGGCCGUUGUGGUAUCCGGUGCUAACGAAAUGAAGCCAAUAUUUGAGAUUCAACGGGAACGCAAUGAAAAACCCAAGGUGGGACAAAGAAUUGUUAAUGGAGUAACAGCACUUCCAAAUGAAUUCCCUUAUGCAGUUGAAGUAGAUAUUAUUGAGACUCAACUAUCUGUGCUUGGUAUAGUUCUGUUAUCCCAAACCUAUGGGAUUUGUAGUGGAAGUAUCAUAGGACGACGUGCAAUACUUACUGCAGCGCAUUGUAUUAAUACCAAUCGUCAGAGUAUUCUUGAAGUGCUUGUAUUUUUAGAAUACAGUUAUAGGAUUCGUGGUGGAUCUGUGAAUGUAAAUAGUUUUACAUUUGAUGUAACAACGGAUGUUGCUUACCAACAUGAGAAUUAUAAUGCCAAGACCGGUGAAAAUGACGCAGGUAUCAUUGUCCUGUCCGAAGCACAAGCAUUUAAAUUCGACACACCAAAUGUGCAACCACUUUCAUUGGCGACUGAUACAAGUUUAUUGUACGAUGGUCAGUUGAUUACAGUUGCUGGUUAUGGAUAUACUAGCAAUACUGCAACUGCAACAUCAACUACAUUACAAAAGACAGAUCUUUAUGUGGUUUCAACGGCUGUUUGCCAAACUAGCUACACAGAUACUAUACCGAGUACAAGUUUUUGUGCUGAAAGCCACAUGAAUUCAAAGAGUUCCAUAUGUUCAGGGGAUUCUGGUGGACCAGUAUUAGCUUUAGACAAUACCGUUUAUGUUGGUGUUGGAAUAUCAGCAUUUGGAUCAAGUAAGGGAUGUAAUUUAGCACCGCAGGGUUUUACAAAUACUUUUGAAGUUUAUAUUUGGAUUGAUACAACGCUCAGUAACAAUGACCUUUACUGAAUGGCACUAACUGAUGUCCAUUAAUAAAAAUUUGAGGAAUUGCUUUUAGGGCAUGAGUCCCAAAUUAUAUAAUUAUGUAUCCUAUUGAAGGACUUUGUGAAAAUGAAGUACAUAAUAAAGAAAAUCUAAUAGA